UCAGAGGGCGCCACCACCACAGGCCGGGUCCACGUCACUCGCAGGUGGCGCCCCUCCUCACUUCCUCGUUCUCUACCCUAACACUAAGACAUCACAACUCCUCAAGAUGUUCAGGUGGUUUUCCUUGCUCGCCGUCGUCGCCUUGGCGUCCGUAGACGCCGACGAGGUGCUGGAUUACUCGGGGGACGACUUCGCAGACCGUAUUGCUGAGCACGACGUCGCUCUAGUGGAGUUUUUCGCUCCCUGGUGUGGCCACUGCAAGAGGCUGGCUCCUGAGUACGAGGCUGCUGCUAAAGUCCUGAAGGACAACGACCCCCCCGUGCCCCUGGUCAAGGUUGAUUGCACAGCUGACGGUGGUAAGGACACCUGUUCCAAGUACGGAGUGAGCGGGUACCCAACACUCAAGAUCUUCCGCGGUGGAGAAUUCUCCUCAGAGUACCAAGGGCCAAGGGAACAGAAUGGCAUUGUGAGCUUCAUGCGUAAGCAGGUUGGACCCAGCGCUAAACCCGUGCUGGACAAGGAGACCAUGGAGAAGUUCAUCGGCAACUUUGAGGCCAGUGUCGUCGGUUUCUUUGCUGAAGACAGUGACUUGAAGAAGGCUUUCCUGAAGACAGCAGACAACAACCGUGAUGACUACAGGUUUGCCUACACCGAGGCUCGCGAUGUCAUCGACAAGUACGGAUACCAGGACGAUGCCGUCGUGUUGUUCUACCCACCACGUCUCCACAACAAGUUUGAAGAGAAACAGCUGGUCUAUGACGGGAAGGCCUCCGAAAACAAGAUCAAGAACUGGCUCAAGGACAACGUUCUAGGACUGUGUGGUCACAUGACCGACAGCAACCAGGACAAGUUCAAGAAGCCGCUGGUCGUGGCGUACUAUGAUGUGGACUAUGUCAAAAAUGCCAAAGGAAGUAACUACUGGAGAAACAGGGUGCUGAAGGUUGCGACAAAGCUGAAGGAGGAAGGGAAGGACGUUAACUUCGCCAUCGCGAGCCGGGGAGACUUCUACAGCCACCUGUCGGAGUUCGGGCUGGACUCCAGCAGUGCUGACAAGCCCGUCGUGGCGGCCAGGGACAAGAGUGACGACAAGUACAUCAUGAAGGAUGAGUUCAGUGUUGACAACCUGGAGAAGUUUGUUCGAGACUUCCUGGACGGCAAUGUGAAGAGGUACCUGAAGUCUGAGCCCGUUCCUGAAGACAACGACGGACCCGUCAAGGUUGUUGUGGCGGAGAACUUUGAUGAGAUUGUGAUGGACGAGACCAAAGACGUGUUGAUCGAGUUCUACGCCCCGUGGUGCGGCCACUGCAAGAACCUGGCGCCAAAAUGGGACGAGCUCGGAGAAAAGUUGAAGGAUACAGAAAGCAUCGUCAUCGCCAAAAUGGAUGCCACAGCUAAUGACACACCUGGCAGCUUCAAAGUCUCAGGAUUCCCAACGAUAUUCUGGGCCCCCAUAGGUGGAAAAGACAAUCCAGAAAAAUACAAUGGUGGGCGAGAAGUUGACGACUUCAUGUCCUUCCUGAAGAGGAAAGCCACACACGCGAAGGACGAGCUUUAAGUCAACACAAACAGCUUAAGAUUAAGAUAGAAAAACAUUAACUCCACGUCGUAGUCAGUCCAUACAUUACCGUGCAGAUAGCUUUAUUAUGUAUAUGUCAGCGAAUGCAAGAGACAUGAAAAAAAGAGAACUAUUGUGGUCUUCUAAACACCCGACUGCUGCGGCAGUGUGUACUAUCUUUGUGUUUCGUGUCGUACUUUAACUCACAUCUGCAGUCUGAACACCGUCAACAAGUGUACAAAUAGCUAGCUGAAGAGGCAAUGUUAUUUGUAGCAUAACAUGUCAUGAGUAGUCUCCACCAGACUAACAU